AUGCAGACAACACCAGCACGUUCGUCUCGCAUCACUGCAAGCAGGAGGCGAAGCGCAGCCUCUGCGUUGGGUCUCAAACGUGCAACUUCGUCUCCAUCAAAUGCAAGCUCUUCCAAGAGGUCACUACCAAAUGAAGACUCCAUUGCCUACGAGGAUGAAGAGCUGGAUGAUCUGGGAAUUAUAGCCUCUUUGGCCGCUGACUUGAAUUUCCGCGACGUGCCACAGUAUAUGGAGUACAUCCGGAGCCGCAUGAAGCAACUGCCACCGUUCGUCACUAUCGCCCAUGUGGAUGCGCUAAGUACCAGCUCCACCUUUGUUGAAAGGGAGAUUGCUGAGCUGGCGAGGAAAGGGAUAUUAAGGAGAGUCACAAUACCGCAUCGUGGUGUCGGCGCUGCUGCAGUCGGCGAUGGAGUCGCAAGCGUAAAAGAUCCGGUGGAGAUCGCUGCCCUGACAGGCACCGGUUUCUUGACCUCGAUCUCUACAUUUAAUACAACUGUCUCUGCCUUCUUCGCCUCACCAGGCGCCGCCUCGUUGUCUGCGGUCUCUGCAUCGGGAUCUCGUCACGCUGCUGGCUCUCUAGAGGCUGUAGGUGGCCAGCAUGCAACGCAACACAUGCACGGUGGCACAUCACACUCCUCUCGCACCCCUGCGCAAGGCAUCUUUUCCUUCUCACUACCACAUACAGGGAUGCACAUUAAGCUUAUCGUCGACGCCCGAAACCACCUAUUGGGUAUUCUGAAGAAAACCAAGUUCAAAGCUGCACCUCUCGAUGUACUUAGAGAGCGAUGGGAUGGUGGCGUCGCAGGCGCUGGGAGCGCCGAGAGAGAAGAGAGGAAGAAAGCAAGGAGAGAGUUUGUCGGCGUGCUGCCCGGUAGAACGAAGAAAUGGAAGCAAUUCUAUGGCAUGAGGUUUGAGUGGGCGUUAGAAGAGUGUGUAGGAGCGGGGCUGGUGGAGCUAUUCGAAACGGGAAGCGUGGGGAGGGCAGUGAGAUUAGUGGUCUAA